AUGAGGAUGCGUGUGCUUGUUCUGGCGCUGCUGUUGCCGGUGUUAAUGAGCGCAGAAUCAGAAUGCAGGUGCAGCUGUCGACUCACAAACAUCUCCAUCACCGUGGAGAGCGAAGAAUGCGGGAGCUGCGUCACAAUUGACACCCCAGCCUGUGGAGGACUAUGCUUGACAAAGGAUCGAGUUUACGUUAGUUCCGUGGCACAGCACACCCAGAAGGUCUGUAACUUCAAGAACUUGAUGUACAAGAGCUAUGAGUUUAAAGGCUGUCCUGCAGGGGUUGAUUCAGUCUUCGUGUACCCCGUGGCUCUGAGCUGCGAGUGCAACCAGGUUAACUCAGACACAACAGACUGGGGAGCUUUCAGCGAGGAGACCCCCAGCUGCAGCAAACACUAGACCACUGUAUCAUGACCAUAUUAACAAUGAACAUUGCACAAUCAAAUAAAACAAGGAGUACAAUUAGAUCGUUUAAGGAUAUAAAUUAUUUACAAAAACAUUUGUUUUUCAUGCAUCCCACAAUUUAAUUUGGCGGUGU